CCGGGAGUUGCGGGCCCGCCCCGGCCCCGCCUCUCCUCCGAUUGGCUACCUGCGCUCUAGAUGGGCUGCCCCGGCUGGUGAUUGGCUCCGGCGCCCCGUCGGUCACCUGCCUCCCGGUGGGAAUCUAGGGCGCUAGGGGAAGCGUUAGUCGAGGCCGGGUUGGGAAGCGGUUGGUUGGGCCCAGGAGCCCCGUUUGUUUAUUGAGAUGGGCAGCUGUCAAAAAAAGCACAAACAACGGAAGGAUGGAUACCAUUGCAUAUGUUAAAAGAAUAUUAAAAGGAAAAUAAGGCCAGGGGUCUCAGCAUGAAUCAGGCUAGAUCUAGAUCAGACGGUGGUGACGAAGAAAACUCAUCUCGAGACCAGAAUCAUCAUGAAAAUGAGAGAAGGUGGCAGCAGGAGCGUCUCCGUCGAGAAGAAGCCUACUAUCAGUUCAUGAAUGACCUCAGUGACGAAGACUAUCGGCUGAUGAGAGACCAUGACCUCUUAGGCACCCCUGGAGAAAUAACAUCAGAAGAAUUACAGCAGCGGUUAGAUGGCCUCAAGGAACAUCUAGCAUCUCAGCCUGACUUGAGAAAUGGGACAAACAGCAGAGACUCGGGAGUCCCUCGCGAAGGUUCGAACGAAGAUCCCCUGCUGGAAUGGCUGAACACCUUUCGUCGCAUGGGCAACGCGACUCGAAGCGGCCAGAACGGGAACCAGACCUGGAGAGCCGUGAGUCGAACAAACCCCCACAGCGGAGAUUUUCGGUUCAGUCUGGAAAUCCACAUAAACCACGAGAACAGAGGCCUGGAGAUGGAUGGCGAGGACGCGCCGGGCCUGCCCCUCUCGGCUGUUGGCCGAGAUCCCAGGGCAGACAGGGACGGGCAGCGGCGAGCCAGCAGUCCCGUGGCGCGGCGGACGAGAAGCCACGCUGCGGGCGCUGGCGCUGGCGGUGGCGCCACCCCUCCCAGGACUAGGCGGGGCUCGAGGGGGCGGAAUCCCGUAGAAGGACCUCUGGCGGCCUCGGGAAGACCCCGAACCGGGACUGGGGGCCCGAGCGGGGGCGCGCCUCGUGCGGGUUUCGCGGGGCCGCCCGCGGGGGGCGCGCCCAGGCCGAGGGAGGGGCAGCGCUUCGGAGCCGCCCACGUGUGGGAACUCGGGGCCAGAAGCAAUGUCACGGUGCGGAACACAAACCAGAGACUGGAGCCCAUAAGGCUGCGCUCCGCUGGCACCAGUCGCAGCCGCUCCCCGAUCCACAGGCAGAGCGGCCCUGUCCGUCCCACUCCCCAGAGCGAGCGUAGACCCUUGGAGCAAAGCGUUGGGCGGUCGGUGAGGAGGCGAGGGGUAACUCGGGUCUUCUUGCAGCAAGACAGAGACCGCAGGGGCACCGCGUACACCUGGUUCUCCAACUCCAGACUCAUGUCCAGAAUCACCCUGGAGGAGGAAGAGCCCAGCCGGUCCCCCCCGGCCGCCGCCCGGCGCCCUCCGACCAUCACCCUGGACCUGCAAGUGAGACGGCUCCGGCCCGGAGAGGGCAGAGACCGGGACAGCAUCGCCCACAGGACUCGGUCCAGGGCGGGGCUGGCGGAGAACGCGGUUACCCUGGAGAGCGGCGGCGGGGGCUUCCGCCGCACCAUCUCGCGCCUGGAGCGCUCGGGGAUGCGCACCUACGUGAGCACCAUCACGGUGCCCCUGCGCAGGCUGGCCGGCACCCAGCGCCUCGAACCGUCCUCGGCGCUGCUGCGGUCCAUUUUGAGGCAGAUCAUGACCGGGCUUGGCGAGCUGAGUUCUCUCAUGGAGGCCGAGGCGGAGGCCGAGGCGGAGGCCGAGGGGCCGGGAGACGCUCGGCACCUGCCCCCGACCCCCUCCGGCGCCAGGCGCCCGGGCGCGGGGAGGGCGGGCAGCCAGCGCCGGGCCGCCGCUUCCUCUCCCGGCAGGCGGGCCCGCAGCCGCGAGGGCAGGGCCGCCAGGCCGGGGCCACAUUCCAGUACCUUAGUUGAAACAGGGAUGCUCCCCAUCCUUCGCCUGGCUCACUUCUUCCUGCUGAACGAAGGGGACGGGGCCGAGCGCAUCCGCGGCUUAACCAAAGAGCAGAUCGACAAUCUGUCCACCCGGCACUAUGAGCACAGCGGGCGCGACAGCGACCUCGCCAGAAUCUGCAGCGUUUGCAUCAGUGACUACGUAACUGGAAACAAGCUCAGGCAGCUUCCUUGCAUGCACGAAUUUCACAUCCACUGUAUUGACCGGUGGCUCUCAGAGAACUGCACGUGUCCCAUCUGCCGGCAGCCUGUCCUAGGGUCCAGCACAGCAGACGAUGGCUGACGUGGUGGGGCCGCUCCAAUACCGCAUCUUAGGAGAGCUGAGUGGUCAGGCAUUCUGCUGUUGAAUUAUUUGUGAUGAGCUAACCAGGAUGAAAAAAUAACAGAUUAUUCUAGUUUGAACUAUUUUUUGUGUGCUUUUUUUAACUUGUUAAAAAGAGAAAAUUUAUAAAAGAUUUAAAAUGCACAUGUUAUAGUAUCCUGAAAGUACAGAAUAGUUAAUAUGGCUAGAACCAAAUAACCUUUAACAUGUUUUUAUUUUGGUAAUUUUGUCAUGCUAAGCACUUUUGUAUCUGCGCAAAGGCAGUAGGUUAAAAAUCGAUAUUCUUUCUGUGAAGAGUAAAGGAGACUUUGCUUAGACUUUGACGUUCCACAGGCUUCAGGCCAUGUCCAGACCUUGGGGCCUAAGUGAGUCUUUAACUUUUUAUUCUAAGGGCAGGAUCUUUUCAUGAAAGAGUAUUAGGCUGAAUGGUUGCUACAUGCAUUUAAGUUACUUGAAACGUUAAAUUUAAUAUGCAGCACAUCAUAUGUGUCUAUAGAUAUAGGUAUAUAAUUUUAAGGUUAAAAUAUUCAGUCUAAAAAUUACCAGUUUGGUUCUUAUUGAGACUUUUGGGCUAUUACUGCAUAGGGCACCGUGUUUAAUAUUUACAGGAUCAUCUCUGGGAGGAAGUGAAUUAAUAGAUAUUUAAAGAUAAUUUAUGAAGCGUCUCUGACAAUCUGACUUCUUAGACAGCAAGCAAUAUAUAACACUGAACAAGUUAUUUCUUUUCUCAGAAAUGGAACAUGGACGUUUUAGGACGUAGAGAUUAUUUAACUUGAGUUCUGCUUUUCUGUGACUUUUUUGAAAGUGCAAUUUUUUGGAUUAUGUUCAGUAAGAUAUACAGUAUGCAUGGUUUCUCAGAUUUAGUUUAAAAUAUAAAACAAGUGUCUAUAAAGAUUCAAAUACAUAGAUAAUAUGUUAAGUUCACCUGGAGGCCAAAAACUCCAAAUAAAAGAAGCAAACAAAGAAACACCUUAAGAGAAUGUAAAAUUUAUAUGAGCACAAAGUAUGUGUUGAAGAUUUGUCUCCAUCAAUAAAUGCUGAAACGCGUGAACGGUC